CGGAAGCGGAUCGGCCAUGUUGCCGAGUGACCCCCGGAGCGGUGCCGCCGGGCGGUUCUGCUGAGGGGACGCGGUUACCGUGAGGGACGCGGAGCGGUUCCCCUUCCCUACCCCGGUCCUUCCCGGUCGCCCGUCCACGCAGCUGUCCCCCAUGGCAGCGUGGUCCCGGGAGGCCGUCCUGACCCUCUACCGGGCUCUGCUGCGCCAGGGCCGCAGGCUGCGCUACACCGACCAGGAUUUCUACCUUGCUUUCAUCCGCCGCGAGUUCCGCAAGAACCGGGGGCUGCAACAGCUGGAGGAUAAGGAAAGACAGUUGGAGAAGGGGCAAGCUUUCCUGCGGAGCAAACUGGGGGGCCUGGUUUAGAGAUUCGCUGU